AAAAAGCAUGGAAGGUAAAGAGAAUCUAGAAAAUAAGAAAACAAUUGUCCCGUAUCUUUCACUUCCUCAAAAACCCUUAUAUUUUUUCUUUUAAAAAAAUAAAAUAAAAUAAAAUUAAAAUAAAAAAAUAAAAUAAAAUAAAAGAAAGUGAAACAGAAAAAGAAAUCAUUGAAACCAAAGCUCUAGGUGAAGCAAAGCAUAUUAUGGAAUAAUGAGAGACCACAAGUUGACAAAUUUGAAGUAAUUGUUUCUUUGAGAGAAGGAACUUUUAUGUUAAUAGAGAAAGAAAGAUCUCUUCUUUGGGAUUGUGAGUGGAGAUCUCUUAUCUCCACCUCUCUAUUUUCACAUGUAUCAGAUACUGGCCUAGCAGAUUUCAGUUCCCCUUAUAUGUUUUUUGCGUGUUGAUGAUUCAAGAUUCUUCAGUUUCAUUGCAGAGUUACCCAUCUUUGAUUUUUUCUUGUUGGGGGGGUUGGGUUGUUUUUCUUUGUUAGAAUUCUCAUGGAGGUAGCUGAAUUUCUUGAGAAUUCAUGGAGGUGUUUUUCUUUAGAUUGGUGGAGGUUGCUAUAAAGUUCUGGUCCGGAAUUUCCUCUCAAGAUUAUAUGAAGUAGUAACCUUCCUAUGUCUUUUCAUUAUGAAUGGGUACUAAAGUGCAGCACAAGAUGUAUCUGUCAACAAAUUAUCCUAUGAGGGAUUUAAAUGAAAAUGCUAGCAGUGAUAGCUGGCUCUCUCAUCAUGGAAAUAAAACAUUCGGGCAAUAUUAUAACAUAUUCCCUGCCAGGCCAGCAAUAGAAGGAUAUGCAGGAUAUGAACGGGAACAAUUGAGGCAAACCAUACUGAAGCAUGAAACUGUAUUCAGGCAGCAGCUCCAAGAAUUGCACCGCCUUUACAAAAUACAAAUGGACAUGAUGAAUGAAGUUAGAAGCAAAGAACCAAGCAAACAUCUCAAACCCAUAGGGACAUCGCAAUCAAGUAUUUUUGCCUUGCCAUCUAUAGAUAACAAAAUCAGGUGGCAUGAUUCUGGUCUGCCUUUGGUGGAUUUCACUCAUCAUAUAUCAUCUGCAUCAGGUGCUGAUAGCAUCCAAUCACACUUCAGCUCCAUGAAUGUGAAGAUCAUGCAAUCUGGUUGUGGCUCUACUGACAAUGAAUCAAGAUUUAAGGAGUAUGAAUCUCUUGAAUCCAAAUGCAAGAAGCUUCAAAGAAGAUUGUUCGACCUUGAGCUUCCAGCUGAUGAAUGCAUAAAUGAUGAAGGCCAAGGGGCAUCUGGGGGUUCAGGGAUAAAAAAUUGCUCUCCUAAUGGAAAUUGCCAGGUUGCUUCUGAAAAGAAUGGUUACUUGUCAACUCACAAUGGUGCAUACUCUAUUUGUAAUGCAGACGCUUUGAGUUCCAACAUGAAUUUAAGGAGGAACCUCGGUCUUACUGAUCUUAAUAAACCUGUCCAGGUUGAGGAAGCAUCUAGUAUAGCUUCUGUUGAUAUUCUAGGUAAUGUUACUAGCUCUAGAGAGGGGAUACAAAAGAUAGACCUUUCUGCAAGUUCGUAUUCAGGCUUUUUGGCUAAGGAAACUUCCCAAAGCCCCACUAAAGAAAAGCAUGACGGAGUUAGCUUGCAUAAUCUGCAUUUAGAGCAUGGAAAGCGAGAGAAAGGAUGGCUACCUUAUACUUUUAACCCCGGCCAACAUACAAGCAACAAAAAUUCUGAAAAUGAAGGUUUCCACUGUGAUCUUUUGCCUGCAAAAUAUGAAUCAUCACAAAUUGGAUGCCAGGGAGCUGAUCGAAACAGAAGGGAGCAAUCAUCAAAGAAGACAAUUUUUGGUGUAGAAAUCUUUCACAGAAACCAGGAUUCUAGUGUUAUAGCUUCAGAGAAUGGUUCUGCCAGAUUGGUACAUGGCCGUGAAAUUGCACGGGAUAAGUCACUUGUUAACAACAAUCUAAGAUCAGUUCCAAGUUUGAGAGCUGAACCAUCCUACCAAAAUAGCCCUUGCCUUGUUUCUCAGAUGGAAUCCAAAGAAUCACAGGUUUUCCAUGAAUCAGUAAGCUUUGGCAACCUGAAUGGCAUCAGCCACAGUAAUUCCAAACAAGCUCCUGAUCGUAGUCUUACAAGUAACUUUAGGUGCUCGAGCUGGUUGUGGAAAUCAGAAUCUGUGGAGGUAGCAAAUGCAGUUCUUCCAAAAAGCUGCCAGAAUGGAGCUAUAUCUGAUUCAAAAACAAUUUGUAAUGAUGAUAUAAAGGAGGAAGAGAAUCCUAGAGGCAGAUUGUCUUGGCUUAGAGAUACUUCAUUUUGUGAUGGGAAAUAUUCUAAAGAAAGGGAUGGCUCUGAUCGGGUAAAUUUAAAUUUCUUGCAAAACCAGUCUCAGCAGUUUGCUGUCAAAGCCAAUAGCACGAUGGGCCCCUCUCAAAGCUUUAUUUCCUCAUUGAUGACAAAUUCCCAUGCCCACGAUGCUGAGGACAGGAGAAGUGAAGUAGGUGGCUGUUCUAGCAGGAAGGUUAUCGGGGUUCCCAUUAUUGAAAUGCCAAUGUCCAAGGACUUGUCUUCUGCAAGCUUUGCCUCAAAGCCUAGUUGUGCUUUGGAAAUCAAUGGCUCUAACUCUUUUAGACCUGGCUUACUUCUUGCUGAUCUAAAUCAUGAUCCUAUGCCAUCUGAUUCUGGAGAGAUACAACACUUGAAAACUGUGGAUGCUAAAGAGGGAUCAGUUGAUUGUAGUGCUAAUUUAAGAGAUCACAUUGAUUUGAAUGUGAGUGUGACUGAAGAAGAGUCUCAAUUGACGCACUUUUCUCCUGGAACAAAGGUAAAGACUGCAUUUGAGAUAGACUUGGAGGCACCUGUAGUUCUGGAUUCCGAAUCGGACAUUACUUCUGGAGGUGAAUUUGUAGAAAGUAGACUUAAAGAACAACUUGACCCAUUAAAAGAUGAGUCUGGGGAAUACUUCCAUGAAGGCUUUGUGAAGGUUGCAGCUGAGGCCCUAAUUGCCAUAUCAUCAUCUCAUAUGCACAACAUUCAAGUUGAUGAUACCCAUCCUCAUUUGGAAGCUUCAUUGAGCAAUGCCCUUCAUUGGUUUACAGAGAUCAUUACUUCUGAUAUGGUUGAGAUUGAGAACGAUGCAUCUCUUUCAGUUGGUAUGAAAAGUACAGAUCGUGAAGAUUCUAUAUAUAAGGGUAUUGAUUAUUUUGAGUAUAUGACGUUAAACUUGACAGAAGCCAAGUUGGAAGAGUAUCACUAUGAGCCUGAGGUUAUAGAGAACACUAGAGAUGAAGUCAUAUUGCCUAGACGUCCUCGGAGAGGUCAGGCGAGGAGAGGAAGGCAGCGGAAGGACUUUCAAAGAGAUGUACUUCCUGGUCUUGUCUCUCUAUCCAGGAAUGAUGUGACUGAGGAUCUUCAGACCAUUGAAGGACUUGUUAGAGCAACUGGUGGGAUUUGGCAAUCAAGUUUGUCACUGAGGAACUCCCCAAAGGGGAGAGGAGGAAGGGGAAGAAAGCGUUCAGCGCCUACAGCUACCACCCCUACAGUUAAUGCUACAUCUCCUACAGAAACUGCAGUCAUUCCAACCCAAUCUCAGCAACCUAAAUGUAUGGAAACAGGACUUGAGAAGACUAGACUAACGGGAUGGGGCAAGAGGACAAGGCGUCCCCCAAGGCAGAGAUGUCCAACUAAUCAUCCUCCCUUUUCCAUUACAAUAAGUAGAGCACAGUAGAUGUUUACAACUCCAAAGAGAAUAGGAGGCUUUUUUCCUGGCUUUUGCCUAUCAAAUUUUUUUUCUGGCCUGGAAGAUUCACAUUGUACAUGCUUUCUUUCAAUUUUCAGCAUCUGGGGUGAGCUUGUUUUUUCUUGUCAUAAAAUAAGUGACAUUUGAUCCUUACUGAGUGUUGACAUAAUAUUAAUUUUUUUUCCUUAAAUUUAUUUUAUUGUAGUUUAGUGUGUAAUAUAAUUGAAAGACAUGGUUGGAAGUUGGGGAACCUUA